AAUUUAGGAGUCAAAAUAAAAAACGUAAUUUUAAAAAUUCAUCCAAAUCAACGAAAAAACAAAUUUCUUGAAAGUGGGUCCUAAAUCCGUCAAAAGAUGUCAGGCAGCAGCAACACCCACUACUCUCGUCUCGUCUCCCUUCUCCCCCUAUUUUGUUUACUCUUUUACUAUCAGAUUCGUUCAUUUCCCGAGUGAAGCCUAACAUUUCCCAAUUUUUGCACUAAUUCAUCCUUAUUCUGCUUCUUUUCUACCAUUUUUGCACAGAAAUCAGCUUGUAAAGUUCACAGCUUUUGAGCUUAGAACCUUCAAUUUCAACUUCUGGAUAACGGGAUUUGGGUGCUAUAGUUUCCUGCCUGCAACAUCGAUGAUUGACGUGUAGAACUCCGCUUUCAGCAUACCUUCAAAGUUUCGGAUUUAGCUGUUUCCUCUUGUUAAGUAGUGGUUUGUUAGAUUGAAGAUGGGGACAUUUCGCUCAAACUACCCCAUUAUACCUGAAGGAAAUAGAAGCAGAUCUGUCCCGCACUUUUCAUGGUUUCACCCAGGAAAUUAUCUAGCUGCAACAAGAAAUGGAUUCAAUCCAUUCCAAGGAACUCAACACAACCCUGAAGGAGCAAUGUCAGCUAUGCCCAUUCGAUGCAUGCCUAUAAAUGAGGCAGCCAAUAUUGUUGUGGAUGAUGAGCCUCAGCCCUCUAAGCCUACUAAGAAGCCAAAGACAUCAAAGAAAACCUCUGAUGAUGCUGCACCAAAGGAACCUAAACCGAAAAUUAAAAAGGCAAAGGCUAAAAGUGGUUCUUCAGCAGCAAAACGUGAGAGGAAAAACUUGAAUUCCCGUAGCAAUGAGUCAACUACAGAUGCUUCUGGACUCCCAGCACCAGUUUGCUUUUGUACAGGUGCUGCUCGGCAGUGCUACCGAUGGGGUUCAGGGGGUUGGCAAUCGUCUUGUUGCACAACUAACAUAUCAGAGUAUCCACUUCCUAUGAGUGCCACAAGGCCUGGUUCACGCACUGCUGGAAGGAAAAUGAGCCAUGGGGCUUAUGAUAAACUUUUUCAAAGACUUGCUGCUGAGGGCUAUGACCUGACUCUUCCGAUUGACCUCAAGGAUCAUUGGGCUAAGCAUGGUACCAACAAAUUUGUGACGAUUAAGUGAAAUGGUCUAGUUUCUCUAUGAAGAUGCCUCUGUUUCCUGUUUCUCCUUUUACAGUAUCUGCAUCAUUUUCCAAGUAGGCAUAAAAUCUUAAUGUCUAUAUCUAAGCAGUUCAAGGUUUUAGGUACGGGUAUGUAGAUUUUUAAACUUGUUUAAGUUCUUUAGUGUAUGGAAGUAUUUAUGAUCCCUUUAUUAAGCCUGAAAUUGGUUUGUUGCUCUUAAUUUUUCCCAACUUUUCCCGUCUUUGUUCUUGAAGGAAAUAGACAACCAUUAAAAUUUAUUGGUUUCU